GAGACGCUGAAACGAAGCCUUGGCUGGAUGACGUAUCCCGGAAGUGAAAACUGUCUCAAUGUGCAGAUUAUUAUUGUUUGUUUUACCGUUUCUUUCUCUUUCAAAGGCUACAUUUUGUUUUGACAGGUCAAAGUUAUGCAGACGUGGAGCCUCGUGUCCAUCUGCGUUCUGCUCGGCGUCGUCGUGAGAUGGGGAGUUUCGCUAAACUCGUAUUCAGGGGCGGCGAGACCUCCCAUGUUUGGCGACUACGAAGCCCAAAGGCACUGGCAAGAAGUGACCUACAACCUCCCUCUGCAGGAAUGGUACUUCAACACCACUGACAAUGACUUGAAUUACUGGGGACUUGACUAUCCUCCUCUUACUGCCUACCACAGCUGGAUCUGUGCCUUUAUAGCCAAUAAGAUAAACCCUGAAUGGGUGGAGCUCCACACAUCCAGAGGUUAUGAAAGCCCAGCACACAAGUUAUUCAUGAGAGCUACAGUCCUGGUGGCAGAUUUGUUGAUAUACAUCCCCGCUGUGGUUUUAUACUGUUUCUAUCUGACUGAUGGAUCCGCAAAGAAAAAGGUUUCCACUCUGUUCUGCUUCCUGCUCUACCCAGGACUAAUUCUCAUCGACUUUGGCCAUUUUCAGUACAAUGGAGUGAGCCACGGCUUCGCUCUGUGGGGUGUUGUGGCACUGGGUCUGGGCUGGGAUGUGUUCGGCUCCAUGGCCUUCUGCCUGGCUCUCAACUACAAACAGAUGGAGCUGUACCACGCGCUGCCCUUCUUCUGCUACCUGCUGGGAAAGUGUGUCAAACUGGGUCUGAUGGGUAGAGGGCUUUCCCUGUUGGUGAGAAUUGCUGUUAGCGUGUUGGUGACUUUUGCCCUCUGCUGGCUGCCUUUCCUGUCUGACCCCGGCCAGGCCUCGCAGGUGGUUAGGAGGAUCUUUCCCGUGGCUCGUGGUCUGUUUGAGGAUAAGGUGGCCAACACAUGGUGCAGCUUGAACGUCCUGAUAAAGAUCAGAUCCAUUGUGUCCAGAGACUCUCAGCUCUACCUCAGUUUGGCCUGCACUCUCCUGGCAGUCCUUCCCUCCUCUAUCCGACUUCUGACAAAGCCCACCUUCUGGCAGUUUAAACUGGCAUUGGCCAAUUCAUCCCUGGCAUUUUUCCUCUUCUCCUAUCAAGUCCAUGAGAAGUCCAUCCUCUUGGCUGCGUUGCCUGUCUGCCUUCUGCUGAAUGACCUGCCCCUGAUGGCCAUUUGGUUCCUGCAGGCCUCAACAUUCAGCAUGCUGCCUCUGUUUCUGAAGGACGGUCUGCUGGUGCCCUACGUCGUGACCUCACUGGCCUUCCUCUUCUUCAGCAUCUAUCUACUGUCUGCACUGGAGCACUGCACAGAGGAACAGCUGAGACUGGGUGCCUACCACAAGCUGUUUUUCUGCCUACCCAAAAUGGACUUGGCCUGUGUAUUGAGAUGGAAGUUCUACAUCAGCAUUGCAGUCAUGGCUGGUUUGAGCGUCGCGAGUGUCGCUCUGGUUCCACCGCCACAUCUUCCUGACUUGUUUCCUGUGUUGGUGUCUGCCACUGCUUUCACUCACUUUCUGGGGACGUUUAUAUAUUUCAACAUUGUCCAGUUCAGCGGGCCGCCCGCCAGAAAGAACCAGAAGAAGAACAACUGAAUGAUGCCAAACCUCAAGGUUCAGAACUCAUUUUGCUCCAGGAACACCAGUAUCUCCUCUUAAUGCGCAUGAAGCCUUUCACUCAUGCGAUCAUGUACCAAAUACAAAUGGCAACAAUUCCUUGUCAAGGCAUCUUAUAAGCCAGAUUUUAACCACACAACAUCAGUGAUGUUGGCUAGAAAAUGUACUGCACUUCAGAAUGACAACUCACAUGUUCUGUGAUAUGAAUUGAAAGGAUCGGGUGGUGAUAUUAUUUCCAGUUUGGACCAAGUCAUUUUGUGAAAUCAUGAAAUGAAUAUUCAGUGUAUAGCCCACACAUUUGAGUUACAGAUAGCUCAGUGCCUGUACACUCAAGCUACAGGAGGUGGCCACAAUAAUAUGAACACCUGUGGUAAUGUUCAAUUAUUGGAGAAAAAAACUGUCAGAAGAGGUGCAGAUUUCAUUUUAUGGGGAUGGUUGAAGCAUUUGUUAGUUUUGAUGUAAGAUGUAAUGAUAUUGUGAGGUAUUUGUGUUAUUUUGUCCACCCUUCUCCGAGGAUUAUGAUUCAAUGCACAUCUGAUGAGACUGGACUCAGGUCUUGUGGUUAGUCAUUAUCUUAUCAUGUGAACUUUUUUUUCUACAAUUUUCUACGGUGAAUUUUUUUAUCCAUCAUUGAAGUUUUUUUGUGCAAAGUCCAUUUUUUGGUGAAAAAUAAAUGAAAUUUUCUCGAUGAA